AUGGAUUUCGUCCUUAGCGGAGUAGCUGCGUGCGGUGCUUGUUUAUUCACCAAUCCACUGGAGGUCGUAAAGACUCGGAUGCAGCUACAAGGAGAGCUGAAGAGUCGCGGUUCAUAUCAAGUAUAUUACCGGAAUGUGUUUCAUGCUUUUUACACCAUCGGUAAAGUGGACGGACUGACAGGCUUACAGAAGGGGUUGGUGCCUGGAUUGGUCUAUCAGUUCUUUAUGAAUGGAGUUCGGCUUGGCUCUUACGCCAUCAUCGAAUCAUCGGGUUACAUCCACACGGACGGGAGGAUCAGCGGCGUCAAAAGCAUUGUGGCAGGAGCGAUAGCCGGGGUUGUUGGUGCAUUUAUGGGCAGUCCGAUUUACCUGGUAAAGACCCACCUACAAAGUCAGUCCACGUCUUCCAUCGCAGUGGGCCACCAGUACAAGCACAAAGGGAUGAUCCAUGCUCUAGCAGCCAUCCACAGGGAGCAAGGCAUUCUGGGAUUAUGGCGGGGCUCCAGUGCAGCAAUCCCAAGGGUCAGCGUGGGGUCAGCCGCACAACUGUCUACUUUCUCUGUCUCCAAAGAGUUUGUGACCGGCCUGCAGCUGUUCUCCGAGGGCAGCUGGCUCAUUGCUCUCAGUGCAGGAAUGAUGAGCAGUGUGGUGGUGGUUCUGGCCAUGACUCCGUUUGAUGUUGUCAGCACUCGUCUGUAUAACCAACCAGUUAACAGUCUGGGCCAGGGGGAGCUGUACCGUGGUUUUGUGGACUGCUUCUCAAAGACUCUACAGAAGGAGGGUCUGACUGGGCUUUAUAAGGGUCUGGGCGCCUCUUACUUCCGCCUGGGACCCCACACCAUCCUCUCCCUCCUCUUUUGGAACGAACUCCGUGCCUUUUACCUGCGCUACAGUUAG